CUGUCACCCUCGCCCAGUGACGUAGACCGAGGACCCGCUUGUCCACUCUCGGCUUGUUUGGUUCCCAACAUAAAUAUAUAAAGUGGUGACGGCGUUCCCAUUUCAUUCGCAGUUCGACUCAGGUGGUGAACCAGGUGAGCCCAGGUGAGCCCAGGCGAGCCAGCGCGAUGGGCAGCAGCAGUGGAAGUGUGGUGCGGCUCGGAGGGCUGGUGCUGGGUCUGCUGUGGAUCUUCCUCCAGGACUUUGCCUCCUGGCUCAGCCGCCUGCUCGGCCUCUCGCUGCUGUUUCCACGUCGCCGUUCGCCGAGCCGCGAGUACGCAAAGUGCUCCGGCCUGCAGUGCAUCGCCCCCAUCAUUGCCACAGUGACGGAGACCCCCGAAACCAUGGAGGCAGAGAUUCACGGCACCAUCCCAGCCUGGAUCAAGGGGACCCUGCUCCGAAAUGGACCCGGGAAGUUCGAGUUCGGGCCAGACAGCUACAACCACUGGUUCGACGGGAUGGCGCUGAUGCACCGUUUCCGCGUGCACGACGGCCGCGUCUCCUACUCGAGCCGCUUCCUGCGCAGCGACUCGUACCUCCUCAACGAGGCCCGGCAGCGCAUCGUGGUGUCCGAGUUCGGCACCAUGGCCGUGCCCGACCCCUGCAAGACGCUCUUCGACAGAUUUUUCACCUACUUCUCACCACCAGCGCCCACCGACAACGACGUGGUGAACUACGUGGAGUACAAGAAGGACGUGUACGUGAGCUCGGAGACCAUGCACAUGCGCAAGGUCGACCCUCGCACGCUCGACACCAAGGAGAAGGUGGACUGGGGCAAGUUUGUGGCGGUCAACUCGGCCACGGCGCACCCCCAUUACGACCCCGACGGCACGGCCUACAACAUGGGCAACAUCUUCGGCAGAGAAGGGACGCAUUACGCCAUCAUCCGCGUGCCGGUGCAAAAGGACUCGGACAGCGACACGCUCGAGGGCGCCACGAUCGUCGCACGCUUCCCGGCCGCAGAUUCACGAUUUCCAUCGUAUUACCAUAGCUUUGCGAUGACGGAGAACUACGUGGUGUUCCUGGAGCAGCCGCUGUGCAUGGACAUCCUGCAGCUGCUCACGUCACGUCUCCGUGGCCGGUCCUACUCGCACUCCAUGGUCUGGAAGCCGCAGCGUGGGAGCAUCAUGCGCGUGGCCAACAAGCACACGGGCGAGAUCCUGCCGGUGGCCUACCACAUGAAGGCCAUGAUGUCCUUCCACCACAUCAACGCUUACGAGGAUGACGGUCACAUCGUCAACGACCUCUGCUGUGUCGACCACUACUGCACAGCGGACGAGGACCCCCUGACGCUGAAGAACUUGCGUAGCUCCGGGGAUGCCCUUGACCAGCUCUACAAUCGGCGGCCCAUGACGUACCCACGCCGGUUUGUGAUGCCCCUGUCCGUGGGGCCCGAUUCCCCGCGUGGCACAAACCUCUGCUCCCUGCCAUACACCACGGCCUCAGCCACCCUCCGCGACGACGGCAAGGUGUGGCUGGAGCCCGAGCCGCUGCACGGCGACGAUGUAGAGGAGUACGGAGGCCUCGAGUUCCCCAGGAUCCACUACGAGCGCUUCAACGCGCGGCCCUACCGCUACUUCUACUCGUGCGGGUUCCAGCACGUGAUUCCCAACAGCCUCAUCAAGGUGGACGUGACCACCAAGGAGACGAAGCAUUGGCAAGUGGACGGCUAUUACCCGUCGGAGCCCGUGUUCGUACCGAGUCCAGGAGCCGAAGGAGAGGACGAAGGGGCGGUGUUGUCCGUCGUCAUUUCGCCUGACAAGGAGAAGCCGUCCUUCCUGCUGGUUCUGGACGCUUCCUCGUUCGUGGAACUCGGCCGAGCCGUGGUGCCCAGAGACAUCCCAUACGGCUUCCACGGCAUCUUCGCUCCCAACGUCGUCUAAUAACGACGACCACGGCGGUGGUGGCGAUGGUAGUGGGGAGCGGUAGCAUCGCGGUUAGUGUCCUGCACUACGAACCCGAUGACCCGAGUUUGAUUUCCGCUCCAGUUAGAUAUCCGCUUGCUAGUAACACCUGCCCCAACAGUCUGUUAAGGCUAUACAGGGGAUCUUUGUCUUUGAUGUGAUUGAUGAUGGUUGUGGUGGUUACAGCUGUGGACAUCAUGAUGCGAAUGCAGAUGGUGAUUUUAUACAGAUGUCAUUGGGAAGGUGGUGGCGAUGGUUGUGUUAGUGGUAAUCAUGAUGAUGGUUAUGAUUAUAAUUUUUAUGGUGGAGAUGUGGUAGUGACAAUCAUGGUUACGAUUGAUUUCCACGCACCUCCGAUUACCAGUUGGCUACGUAUGGUGUGAAAGAAGUUCAACAUACAUAUAUACAUAAUAAAAUAUAGAUUUUUAUUGAGGAAAGUGGAUGGAAACGUUGAAUUAGAAUGAUUGUCUAAUGCUUUAAGCUAAAUAUAUUACAAUCCGGGUAGGUCUUGAUCCAGCAGUGGAUUAAUCAUGGCGAAUGAUAAGAAAAAGAAGUGAAAAAUAUUAACCCGUAAAAACAAAGUUUUUCACUAUAAAUCCUUUAUAUGCGUGGCAUCGGUUUUAUUUUAUUAUUCAUUUGUUUUUCUUGAGUAAGAGUUUCAUUUUUAUCACAUUGGUAUUUUAAAUUAAAUGAAAAUUUUUUUUCCUAAAAAGUGGAAAAUUUUGGAAAAAAUGUUCACGAAAAUAAAUUGUCACGCACAACGAGUCUGUGUGCAAAAUGUCAGCUCGAUUGGAUCACGGGAAGUGGGUUAAAAAACGACCGAAAGAUUUGCACGGUCGUAAGCGCGCAAGCAAGCAAGCGAGUGAACUUAAUAUAAAGGAUUUAAAAAGGCCCGGUCCUGUUGUGUGUGCGUGUCGCUCGCAAAUCUCUUGCUAAAAACCACAAUGACGACUUCACUCCCUUAAGGUCGACUUCUCAUUUGCAAUCCGGUUGCUACGUACAAACUCCUUCAAAUUUUUAGUUUGUAUUUUCGUCUCGUCUUCUGAAAUGAAAUUACACCUAUAAAUGGAUCACGCACUUUCUUUUUUAUGAAAACAUGUCUGUGUCUAUUCUAUGCAUAGUAAAAAUAAAGAAAUAUAUAACCC